CCAUGAAAAUUGCAAUCAUUGGUCAGUCGGCAUUUGGUGUCGAUGUUUACAAGGAGUUACGCAAGAAUGGACACGAGAUUGUUGUAGUCUUCACUAUCCCAGAUAAAAAUGGAAGAGAAGAUCUAUUGGCCGUCGAGGCUGCCAAAGAUGGUGUCCCAGUUCAAAAACCAUCUCGUUGGCGUAAGAAGAACCCUGAAACUGGAAAAUUCGAAACUCUUCCGGAAAUGCUUGAACUUUACAAAUCGUUUGGAGCUGAACUCAACGUUUUGCCAUUCUGCACUCAAUUCAUCCCACUAGAAAUCACUGAAGCGCCGGCUAAGAAGAGCAUUAUCUAUCAUCCAAGUAUUCUACCAAAGCACAGGGGAGCUUCUGCCAUCAAUUGGACUCUUAUUGAAGGUGAUGAGGAAGCUGGAUUAUCGAUCUUCUGGGCUGAUGAUGGUCUUGAUACUGGACCAAUUUUGUUGCAAAAGAAAUGCAAAGUUGAAGAGAAUGAUACAUUGAACACUUUAUAUAAAAGAUUCCUGUAUCCAGCUGGAGUAGCUGCUGUUGCAGAAUCAGUAGAACUCAUUGCUACUGGAAAAGCUCCAAGAAUUGUACAGCCAGAAGAGGGAGCAUCUUAUGAACCAUAUAUUACCACAAAACCAGAAUUGGCUCAAAUAGAUUGGUCGAAGACUCAGCGUCAACUUCAUAAUUUUAUUCGUGGAAAUGACAAAGUUCCUGGAGCAUGGGCUGUUUUGAACGGAGAAAAAGUUUCAUUUUUCGGUUCAAAGUUGUGGAAGCCAAAGAAGCUUCCAGAUGAUGCUGUAGAAGUUUUCGUUUCAGAAGUUCCAGGAGGAAAAGUUUUAGUUGAAGAUCGUGGAUUGCUCCUUCCAGGAUCAGACGGUAGAUGGGUUAUUGUAGAUACAGUGAAGAUUGGUACAAAAACUGUCCCAGCUUCUAAAUAUGGACAGGGAGCUGAUCAAGUUCAAGAACUUGUAUUAACCGACGAAGAAAAGAGUACUGUAGCUAAGCUGAAGAAAAUUUGGACCGGAAUUCUGAAGACUCAAGUUUCAAGUGACACUGAUUUCUUCGAAAGUGGUGCAAGUUCUGCUGAUGUUACUCGUCUUGUGGAGGAGAUCAAGUUCAAUACUGGAGCUGAGCUUGAAUCAGGACAAAUCUAUGCCGGGCCAACUCUUGGUGAAAACAUCGACAUUGUGAUCCGUAAUCUUCGUGGUGAAGGUGGAAUCUCUGUAACUUACGAUCCAAUUGUAUUGAAUGUUAACAAUAUGGAAUUGAAAUUCCCACAUGACCAAUUCAUUGAUGGAAAAUUUGUUGGUUCAUCAGAUGGACGCACUUUUAAAACAAUUAACCCAGCAACUGAAAAGCCAAUUUGUGAACUUCCUUUGGCUACUGUAGCUGAUGUCGAUCGUGCUGUUCGUGCAGCAAAGAAAGCUUUUGAACGUGGAGAAUGGCGUCAAAUGUCUGCCCGUGAACGUGGAAAGAGACUUUACAAACUCGCUGAACUCAUGGAAGAACACAAAGAAGAGCUCGCAACACUAGAGUCCCUAGAUGCUGGAGCAGUAUAUACGUUGGCUCUAAAGACUCACGUUGGAAUGUCUAUUGAUGUGUGGAGAUACUUUGCUGGAUGGUGUGAUAAGAUUCAAGGAAAAACUAUUCCAAUUUCUAAUGCUCGUCCAAAUAAGAAUCUAUGUUUGACACUUCGUGAACCAAUUGGAGUUGUUGGACUCAUUACUCCAUGGAAUUAUCCAUUAAUGAUGUUAUCGUGGAAGAUGGCUGCUUGCCUUGCUGCGGGUAACACAGUUGUUCACAAACCAGCUCAAGUAACUCCACUCACAGCUCUUAAAUUUGCUGAGCUAUCUGUUCUUGCUGGAAUCCCACCUGGUGUUAUCAAUAUUGUAACUGGAUCUGGAUCCCUUGUUGGUAAUCGUCUUACUGCUCAUCCAGAUGUUCGAAAGAUUGGAUUCACUGGUUCCACUGAAAUUGGAGCAACUGUCAUGGAAUCUUGUGCCAAAUCGAAUAUCAAGAAGGUUUCCCUGGAACUUGGAGGCAAAUCCCCACUGAUAAUUUUCGCAGAUGCUGAUCUAGAAAAAGCUGUGAAACAAGCGUGUGGAGCAGUUUUCUUCAAUAAAGGAGAGAACUGUAUUGCUGCUGGGCGUGUUUUUAUUGCAAAAUCGAUUCAUGAUGAUUUCGUGAAGAAGCUUGUCGAGGAAGCUAAACAAUAUCAAAUUGGAGAUCCUCUCGAUAGAUCAACUGCUCACGGUCCACAGAAUCAUUUAGCACAUCUUAAUAAGCUAGUCGAGUAUGUGGAGAAGGCUGUAGCUGGCGGAGCUAAAGUUGAAGUCGGUGGAAAACGUUUAGAAAGAGAAGGACUCUAUUUCCCACCAACGAUUCUGUCGAAUAUUGACGAUGAAAACUUUGCUGCAAGUGAAGAAUCAUUCGGACCAAUCAUGUGUGUAUCCAGUUUUGAUGACGAUGACAUCGAAGAUGUACUCCGUAGAGCCAAUGACACAGAAUUCGGACUUGCUGCUGGAGUUUUUACCCGUGACUCGUCGAAAUCACUUCGUGUUGCUGAAGCUCUUCACGCUGGAACAGUCUUCGUUAAUACUUAUCAGAAAACUGAUGUGGCAGCUCCAUUCGGUGGAUUCAAGCAAUCUGGAUUCGGAAAAGAUAUGGGAGAAGAAGCUUUGAAUGAAUAUCUGGUUACCAAAACAAUUACCAUUGAGUAUUAAUUGAGUGAUGCCUUUUCUGUGAAUAAUUAGUUUGUAGUUUUCUUUUUAAUAUUACUUGAGGGAUUUAUUUUUAAUUUGUGAUAUGAUUUUAUUUGCAUGUGAUAUUCCUACUUUUCUAUAAAAAUUAAUGUAUUC